AUGGCAGAACAUCUGAAGAUGAUGGCUGGAAGCGAUAGCGAAGAUGAGAAAGCCAAGAAGAAAAAGAAAAAGGUAAAGACACAGGUGAGCAGUGAAGAUGAAGCUCCGGUGGUCAAAAGAAAAGUGAAAGAAGUUCCAAAAUUCAAGAUCAGUGAAGAUGUCAUUGCAAAAGAGAUUCAUGUGAAUUGUGAAACCUGUGUGAUCAUGAAAAAGAAAAAUAGUGAAUUGCUUAACAAUAUGAACAGGUUAAAGGAAUCUUAUGAUGUGCUCAACAAAGCUAAGAACAUGUACAAUGAAUCCAAUGAAGAGCAAUCAACAGCAAUGCAGACACUUCAGGGAGCGUUCAUGAUCAAGCAAAAAAUUGUGAACAACUACAUCGAGAAGUGUGCUGCUCUUGAACAAAAGUUGGAAUUACAAAGGAUUGAGACUGAUAGAGUGAAUCGCAUGAAGGCAUUUGAAGAGGAUGAAGUGACAGAAGAUCAAAAUGAAGAAAAGAUUCCAGAGAAGAAGACUGAAAAGAAGAAAGACACAAAGAAAAAAACUAACAAAAAGGAUUCUGAGAAGACAUCAACAUCCGAGGGAGAAAGUUUGUUGGUGAUGAAAGAGAAAGAGAAGAUAGAGAUUGAGGAUGCUUACAGCGUCAAAUACUUCAAGAAAAAGAAGCCCAAAGGCUGA